UCAGCGUACCACCAGACAUCGUCGUGGUCCAAAAUGAAGUUCCUUGCAGUUCUUUUCGUCGCCUUCUGCGUGUACAGUCAGUGUACCGGAGAUGUCGCACACGAACAAGCUGUAACAGCGUGUGAGCAGCAGUCAAGUCUCACCCCAGAAAUUUUAGGAGAGUUGAAAGCCCAUAAAUAUGACAACCCCAAACUAGCACCUUAUUUGUUGUGUGUACAUAAAGUGCUCAAAUUCCAAAACGAAGCAGGCGAGUUGCAGGGUGACAACAUCAAAGCUAAGUUGAAGGAAAAGCACGAUGACGCACUUGUACAGAAGGUGGCAGCGGAGUGUUUCGAGAACCACGAGUCUCCAGAAAAGACCGCUGUGGAAGUUAGGAAAUGCGCCCACAAGAUCUUAAGUUCAAACUGUCAAGUGUGGCGAUCCAAAAUGAAGGUCACCGUUAUCCUCUUCGUCUCCCUCUUCGUCUCCCUCUUCGCAUACAUUCAGUGUUGUGAUGAUGAAUCUCCAGUAAGUGACUGUAUGAAAAAGUCAGGAUUAACCGACGAUAUCUGGGAAGACAUAGAAGCAGGCAACUUUAGUAUACCAAAUUUGGGAGCGUAUUUUUUGUGUACCCAUCAAGUGAUGGGAUUCCAAACUAAAUCAGGCCUGUUGCGGACUACCGCAAUAAUAAACUACUUCAGGGAAAAGGGUCUCAGUCGGGAGAUGGAACGUGAUAUAAAACGGCGGUGUUUCAUAAACCAGAAGACUCCAGAAAUGACGUCUAUCAAAUUUGAGAAACUCAUUUAUCGCUCUCUUAUCACACCAAAAAUCCUAUUUAAAUCAGCGUACCACCAGACAUCGUCGUGGUCCAAAAUGAAGUUCCUUGCAGUUCUUUUCGUCUCCUUCUGCGUGUACACUCAGUGUACGGGAUAUGUCGCACACGCAUACGACCGAGCUGUAACAGCGUGUGAGCAGCAAUCAGGUGUCACCCCAGAAAUUUUAGGAGACUUGAAAGCCCAUAAAUACGACAACCCCAAACUACCAGCUUAUUUGUUGUGUGUCCAUAAAGCGGUCAGAUUCCAAAACGAAGCAGGCGAGCUGCAGGGUGACAGGAUCAAAGCUAAGUUGAAGGAAAAGUACGAUGACGCACUGGUACAGAAGGUGGCAGAGGAGUGUUUCGAGAACCACGAGACUCCAGAAAAGACCGCUGUGGAAGUUAGGAAAUGCGGCGACAAGAUCUUGCAUUCAAAAACGAAUUAAGUCUCUGUUUGCUUAAUUAUCUUGAUCAUUUUUGUACGGAAAAUUUUAUUAAACCAUAGUUAAAACAA